GGCCACCUCAUCUAACAGGCUGCCCCAAGUUUGAAAAUCGUAUCUUAGAAAGAACGCUUCCGUGUUAUAAUCUGGAUCCAAUUCCCUACAGGGAAAAGCUGUAGUACAAUGACUGUCUUACCUGCUUCAGCAUUGUAUGAUAUCCGAGAACUAUGCCGACCCUACCUAAGAACUACAUUUCUCAGUCAGUCAAUCAAUCGUUGACACCCCCUAAAACCCCUCCUCCAGAAUGCGCACUGUCGAUUUUCCACAGUUGGCCGGAGCCAGAGACUGAGCCCGAACAGUCCCCAACCUUUUAUCAGGAACCCUCACGGAAAUUCAUUGUAAACCAUAUAAAAGUGGACGAUGAUAGGUUUAAACUACAGAAUCAAGAAGUUUUGCUUUUACACGGGCCAAAGCAGAGAUAUGAGCAUACCAGCGGCCAGCCGAUUCCGGAGCUGCAGUCAGAAUCUGAUAUGCUUGUAGCAGUUGAAGCAGUUGGGUUGAAUCCAAUAGACUGGAAGGCGCCGUAAGAAGUUCUUAUCCGUCCAAAUUUUAAUUCACUGAUCAUGUUUUUAGGGAUUAUGGCUAUGGUCUGCCAGCAUUGCCUUGUAUUAGCGGUCGUGAUUUUGCAGGAACGGUGGUGAAACCUCCCAGGGGAACAUCACGGUUUGAGUUUGGUGAGAAGGUAAGUUAUUUGCGACCGAAACAACCAAAAUACAUCCGUACUAAUCUGAGAAAGAUUAUGGCUAUAUCGACGGACUAUCGCGACAGCAAACGAUCUGCAUUUCAACAAUAUGCUCUAGUUUCAGACUUCAAUGCUUGCAAAUUACCCGACCGAAUAAACACAAUGGAGGCUGCACCUCUAGGAGUUGCUUUUGUAGCAGCAUCAAUUGCUCUCGGUGUGUGUCUUGGGGUAAACUUUUCAUCUGUUGACCGUGGACCAUGCGGUAUAGAUCUCCUCCAGACUGUGAGAUCAAUUUCUCGCGAUUCCUUACCUCCGGAUAUUAGGACAGAAUGCUUCGAUGGGAUAAGAACUCAAGACAGACCAAAGAAAGGAGAUUGGAUUGCGAUAUGGGGAGGUGAGGUUUCGCAUCGCGAUGAAAUGUAUAGACGCUGAUCGAGUAUAGCUUCAUCGGCCAGCGGAUGUUGUGCAGUUCAACUUGCCAAACUUGCCGGAUUACGGGUCAUCGCAGUCAUCGACGUCGCACGAAGCGGGGAAAGAAUGCUCAAGCAUGGUGCUGAUCUUCUUGUGGAUCGCUUCGAUACUAAACAUGCAGUCAGUAUCAUACAGGGUGUAACCAAGGGGAGGCUGAGGUAUGGUCUAGACACUGUCGGCAAGGAAAGCGCCAGUCAUCUUUCUGAGGCGAUGCAGAAAGGUGACGGGAAAAGCAGUGAUAUGAUACAUAAAGAUGAGGUACCAAAGGGACACAUUGUUGGUCUCACAGGCAUACCGAAGCAAACAGGAGGCCAAGUAGGCUUUCAUUCAGUACCUAUCAAACUUUUUCACGAGGUCUCAACAGUUGGGCAAGGCCUGAUGGUGUGGUUAGAAGAACUGCUAAGGCAGAAAGUUCUUUUGACGCCAGACAUUGAGGUUGCGCCGGGUGGGUUGAAAGGCAUAAACUCUGCUUUAGAUAGGCUUCGAGAUGGUAGUGUGAAAGGGCCUAGACUUGUUGUGCCGUUAACAACCUUAUGA